AUGGAGUCACCUCGUGGGACUCUCUUCGCAACUGAUAGGCUAAGGUGGCGAUGGAGAAGUGUUAUUUGGCAGUGCAAUUCCUGCGCAAUCGGCCAACCUUCUUACGUACGAAGAGUUCAACAAAUCCACCCCUUGGUUGCUUGUGAAGCACGCUCAACAAGCAUACUGGACGGUUCUGACGAUCUUCCCUAUCACCCUCCUUGUGGAGAAGAACUGUUCGGGAGGUUCUGCACUGGUUGGGGAUCCUUUUCUUUCAAAGAUGCAUCGCAAGUAUUCCGUGCGGCAAUGUCCUCCGACUCGAAGAUCCGAAAUAUGCUUCAGUCCCGGACGCGUGGCUGCCUUCAUGGUCUGAAUUGCGAUGCGUACUACAAGCAGUAUUCGUUUUGGUACAUCUCCAGUAAGAUAAUGUGGUUGAGCACGGGGAUUGAUGAACAGAGGGGAUGGUGGGAAAAGUCUUCACAAUUGAUUCCGUCUUUUAUCUGA